AUUUUUACAGUUUUCUGCACUGAUUCUACAAACGAUAGCUUGCUCUUAACCUACCAGUAUCAUAGAAUAGUGUUGUGUAUUGUUUACGAUAGAGGAGAAGGAAAAUACUCUGUUCUAUAGUGAUUCCAGCACAGAAAAUAAAUUAAGAACCAAAAAUGGAUUUCCAAAAUCGUCCUGGAGGGAAAACCGGCGGUGGAGGUGUUGCUUCCUGGUCGGAAAGCAACAGAGACAGAAGAGAACGUUUGCGACAACUUGCAUUGGAAACUAUUGACUUAAACAAAGAUCCUUAUUUUAUGAAAAAUCAUUUAGGAUCUUACGAAUGUAAAUUGUGUCUGACACUCCAUAACAACGAGGGUAGUUAUUUAGCUCAUACACAAGGAAAAAAGCAUCAGGCCAAUUUAGCCAGGAGAGCUGCUAAAGAAGCUAAGGAGGCUCCACAAACACUUGCACCUGAAAAGCCUCGAGUAGAACCAAAGAAAUUUGUAAAAAUCGGUAGGCCAGGUUACAGAGUAACUAAACAACGCGACCCGGAAACUGGACAACAGAGUUUAUUGUUCCAAGUUGAUUAUCCAGAAGUUGCAGACAAUGUAAUUCCACGGCACAGAUUUAUGUCAGCCUACGAACAAAGGGUUGAACCACCUGAUCGUAAAUGGCAGUACUUGUUAUUCGCAGCAGAACCUUAUGAAACAAUAGCUUUUAAGGUACCUAGUAGAGAAGUUGAGAAAGCAGAAGGAAAGUUUUGGACGCAUUGGAACAAAGAUACCAAACAAUUCUUCCUACAAUUUGCAUUUAAAAAUGAAAAGCCUUCAGUUGGCAAAGUACCACCACCUCCAGUACCUUUAAUUAGACCUGGCUUAGGACCACCAAUGGUGCCUGUGCCACCACCACCAAGACCACCAAUGUUUAAUCCAGUUCCACCACCACCUGCACUUUUAGCCACUGGAAUGCAAAUACCUCCGCCACCUCCACAUUUAGCAUAAUAAUAACAUAAAUCUGUACAGCCCUUUUAAAGCAAGAAAGGUAUCUUUUACUUAUAAAGUAUUACUUUAAUGUGUAUCUUGUCUAUAAAAUAUGAAACUCAAUUACUAUUGUUAUAUUCAAUCCCUAUGAUAACUAUUUGCAGAAGAUAAAGAAAAAGUGUACAAAUUUCCUUUUUUUGGUUGUUUAAAUUUUAUUAAGAAUAUAAACACAAGAGAAUGUACAGCAAGAUGUUCCGCCCAGAUGUUGAUCCCUAGAACAAAAAACCAGAAAUACACUUAUUAUAUGUGUUAAAAACAUAUUUAAGUGCUAUUGAAGAAAGUAAUUUUUUAUCAGAAAUAAAUUUGAACAAUCUACACGAUAUAAAGUGUUGUACGCACUUUUCGGUCCGCCCGUUCG